AUGAUUUCUGGUAGGUGUGCAGCUUGCAAGAGUCAGAGAAGAAGGUGUCCUUCAGAUUGCAUUUUCUCUCCAUAUUUUCCUGCCAAUGAUCCUCAAAGAUUUGCUUGUGUUCACAGAAUAUAUGGUGGCAGCAAUGUUGGAAAAAUGCUUCAGCAAAUUCCACCAUAUUUACGAGAACAAGCAGCAAAUAGUUUGUAUUUUGAAGCACAAUGUAGGAUUCAAGACCCUGUUUAUGGGUGUGCUGGAAUUAUCUCUAAAUUGUCUCAACAAAUCCACAGUACAGAAAUUGCUCUUGCCAAAAUCCAAACUCAGAUUGCUUAUCACAAACUUCAAAUCCCGCGGACAGAAAUUGAGUCAAACUUCAAUGUCUUGUCGACAAUUGAAGCUGAAUCAAACUUGGACGUCUUGCCACCACAAAGCAGUAGCAUGGGGGAGUUUCAAUGGCCACUUCAAGCUUCUUGGUUCAAUUAA